AUGUGGCAGGUGCCUUUUCUAUUUUCUCUAUUUUUCUUUCAACAAUUCCAAUGUUUUCGAAUCGGGCAUUUGGAAUAUGAGAAUUCGAAUGAGACGAAGAUUCUCGAGAUUUGUAUGAAGACUGCGGGAACCAGGAAACAACAUACCUUGAUCUCCCUUCCAUCCUGUCACAAUUUCAAUGGAUUGGAAAACGCGGCAAAUUUAAAUUACCAAUACGCAGUGGACUUACUCAUCGGAGCAGCAUGUGAUGAAGAGACGCAGACAGUUUCCAGAUUGGCAUUGAGAUGGCACAAACUGUACUUAUCAUCGGCUCCACUGAGCACCAAGGAGAAAGAGGGCACAACUAUUGCAUUAAAACCACAUAGCUUGGCUGGAACGGCAGAAGUCAUUUUGGCUGUUUGCAAAUCGAUGAAAUGGAAAGAGAUUGGCUUAAUUUAUUCCGACGAGACCAAGUACACGGCGCACGCGAUCUACGACAUGUUGGCUGAGAAGGAAGAGGAGGACAUCAAGAUUAAUGUCUUCUUGCAGACCGAUGGAACUAUGAACACGUACACGAUUUUACAUAGCGCUAGAGUUCUCAUCUCCUUCCUCUCCACUUCGGACCUCUCCAGAUUUGUCAAAACUUUGAAAGAUAAAGCAUUCCGCCCAUUGGAGUUCUCUAUUAUCCAUGUGGAUUGUUAUAAAAGUGAAACCACCGAAUUCUACACUCAUCUAGACCAGAAGGCAUCAGAGGAGACGAAUCCUAUCUCUGCAGCACGUCUUCGAAAGUUACAUCGUCAUGUGGCACUUCUCAGGAAUUCACACGAUGAUAAGGGGAAUAUGGAGGAGUUUGCAACCAAGCAUGGGAUGAUACCAUCCCACACCCUGUACAAAGCCCUAAUCUUAUGUGAUGGUCUCCAGCUUCUCAGUGACUACAAACCGCUAAGUGACAAUUUGACGAUUGUGCAACAGCAGCCAACACUUUGGGAGCAUGUGACGAAUACUGAAAUUCAUGGAUACUCGGGACCAAUGUUUAUUGGAAGUGAUGGAGUACGACUACCGUACUACGAGAUGUUCAUGUGGAGAGAUGGGAAGACACAACACGUGGCAAGUGUAAGACCCAGAGAGUCCGAGUUUUGUGAGAAGGAGAAGAUGAGCAAUGAGAGCAAGAAUUGUUAUGAAAUCACCAGAACCAUUCCAUUCGGUCAACUUCUAGACGACCUACCACCGUACUCCUCCGAUUGUGGAUACGAUAACAAUUUGUGCAGUGACUUUCACGUUUUCAUGAUUGCUGCAAUCGUAUUCUCCAUACUACUCAUCCCAAUGGCCAUUGCAUUUUAUCUACAAAGAAAGGAGCAUUUAAUUCAACAAAUGCCUUGGAGGGUUCCAUUGGAUACUAUUAAUUUUGAUGAUUCUAGAAAUGGAAGGUUGCUAUCGGUUUCUAGAAGAGUGUCGACUGUCUCGACAGCACGGGCAUCGUAUUCUUCGAUUUUUUCAGCCAAUGUUUCGGAACAUGCUCAUGUAAAUAAGCAAAAGGUAUCCAUAAAACGAUACGUUCAACGGAGACCCAUAACUUUCACUAGGCAAGAAAUGGAAAUGUUGAAUCAGCUAAAAUACAUGUCUCACACGAAUAUCAACCCUUUCACUGGAAUUUGCUUCAAUCAAGGAUCCGAAUUGAUCGUGAUGUGGCAAUUCACAGCCAGAUACUCUUUGGAGGACCUAAUUUUUGGAAAAGAACAAAAGUUUGGAAGAAACUUUCAAUCCACUUUUAUCAAGCAUAUCAUGCAUGGAAUAAACUUCAUUCAUAACAGUUCAAUCAAGGUGCAUGGCACUUUAUACCUAUCAAAUUGUGUUGUGGAUUCGUAUUGGGUUGUAAAAUUGACGGAUUUCGGGAUAAAGAAUAUUUUGAAAGAAAGAAUGCACCAUAAGGAACUGGCACCGAACUCGUCGUUUGAUAUAGACGCCAUUCAUUACAAAUACCUCCAACUAGCACCAGAGCACUUAUCCAGCCUUCUAGAGAAACACGAGGAGCCGAUGGGUACUGUAGAAGGAGACAUUUAUCAGUUAGCAAUGGUCAUAUACCAGAUUUUGUUCUACAUGAAACCAUUUGCAGAAAGACAAGAAGAUAUUAAAGCCGUAAAAAAACUAUUUUUUUUAGAACUAGCCACCCUCCUCUCCAACCAAUCAACGGCUCCACUUCAUCCGAAAGUUCCCGAAGGAAACAGUUUCACAAUGAGACUCUUGUCAAUUAUUCAACAGUGUUGGUUGUAUAAACCAGCGGCCAGACCAACUUUGAUCAAAAUUACCGAUGCAGUGAACAGAGAAUUUGGACAGGAUGUCAAAGGAACACUAAUCGAUCAAAUGAUUGAAAUGAUCGAUGAGUAUAGUGCAAAUUUGGAACAUAUUGUAGCUGAAAGAACAAGAGAACUGGAGCAAGACAUGGCAACAACAGAGAAUUUACUGUAUCAGCUAUUGCCAAAAAGCAUCGCUGAUUCGAUUCGAUCUGGAAAAUCGGUGGUCCCUGAGCAACAUUCGUCUGUGUCCCUAUUGGUGGUAGACGUCUGCCAAUUCACCAAAUUUUGUGAAGCUUUCAUUCCAGUUCAUAUCCUCGAAACCCUGCAAGAGCUCUACUCCUCAUUCGACUACAUCGUUCAAAAAAAUAAAGCAUUCAAAGUUGAAAAUGUUGGAGAUGCAUACUUGAUAUGCAGUGGAAUUCCAGAAAUGACAGCUUGUCGUCAUCUGAGAGAAGUCUCGAAGAUUUCGCUGAAAUUGCAGGAGUUCAUGAAAACGUUCACUGUCCGUCAUCGACCAUCUCAUAUUCUACAAAUCAAAAUGGGAAUCACUAGUGGUGCAGUGGCGGCUGGUAUUCUGGGAAGUAUUGCGCCAAGAUUCUGUAUAUUCGGAGAUACUGUAAAUAUGGCAUGUCGAAUGGCGAGUACUGGACUACCUGGAACUAUUCAGCUGAGUGAACUGACUGCCAAUACCAUGAUGGAGAAGUUCCCAUCGUUUAUAAUUGAAGAACGAGGAAUGAUUGAUGUGAAGGUGAGCUCUGAACAGCUUGAUUUUUUACCCGGCAAAGGAACAUGUCUCACAUUCUGGCUAACCGGAGAAAAGGACCAAAUGCGUCGCCAAUCCUCUCGUUCCAGUUGUAUAUCUCAUAGCCAGAUCAAGUUCGAAAUUGAGGAAGCCAACAAAACCAAUAAUCAGUUUUUGAAAGUUUAG